CGCCACAGCGGCUGCGGCCCCCACUUCCCCCACGAUUGAUCGUCCUCCAUGGCGGUUCCAAUUGAGCGUUGGCGCGUCAAGCUGCGCAUUGAGACACCAAACGCUGACGCUGAUGCGUCUUCUUCCCAUGUUGACGCUGUGGAGCCAGAACAUGAACAUGCCAACAUGUCUUCACCAGCACCAGCUUCAGCUCCCGUUGAACAAGCGGUUGCUGCGUGAGAGCCCAAACAACUCUCUUCAUCAGUUUCAGCUGCACCUGCCAACGAAGUUGGUGCUACAGAGCAGGCUGGAGCUAUGGAUGCGAAUGAUUCUUGCGUUUUGGAGAUCCUGGUGAACCUUAUAAAGGGCAAAAGGCCACAUUGGUCAAAACCAUCCAGGUUGAACCACGAAUGGUCAGUGGUUCUCCGGGUUUCUACAAUUUGCUCAAAGACUAUUUCAUGACGUUGGACGAUGAGCAGUUUGGGAACCCUAUGGAAUGAGUCUAAGCAACCACUUCUGCCCAAGCAUAUGCAGCACUUGAAAGCACAUUGUCGUGUGGGUGAUGAUUUCCGGCACAGCGAUGAUGAGGGCCAUUCUUUGGAGUCUUUGACUGAGUUUGUCUCCCGGCUGUUGCCCUACUGGAAAGUACCAAAUUCAGAUUCAGCCAAUGUGACCAAUGUGGAACAGAUCGAUCAAAAUGCCAAGACAGAUGUUGAGCAAAAGGCGGACGGGGCAAUGUCCGACGGUCUUACUGCUGCGCUGGAGCAUGAGAUGGAUAAGUUCGAACAAGACAUCAGCGAGGACCGUAUCCCACUCUACCGUCUGGAAAACACAUCGAUCACUUGGGCAACUGGUGUUGGCCUGGGAUCCUACUUCGCUUUGAAGCGAUUCCGGCCGAGUAUCGCGUUCCCUUGGGAUGUCGUGCCUCCCUUUGUCACCUUCUGGCUUACUCACAGGUUUGCGCAGGCUGCGCAAAUGCCACAGGUUUGGGACAGCUUGCUUGGAUUGCCAUCGCCCCUUGGGGACACAGCUCGCGGUAUUUUGGCAGCUGUGCGUACAGACAAGAGGCUGCCUUCUGAAGACUUCAAUCGCUUACGUCCAAGCGUCAGCGCAAGCGGCGCAAACCUUCAGGUUCUUUCGAAGGACACUGAGACUGAGGCAGGCACCACAUUUGGAGCUGGUGUUCCCGGAGUAGCUCCACACGAGGAACCCAAUGCAUGGGGCGGAUCAUGGGGAGGUACAAGCGACAAGUGCGUGUUUGCAGACUCAAACCGAUGCAACGGAAGGGGCGCCAAAAAAGAAAGCAGCCGCUCCACCAAGCUGAGUCACGGCAUCCUCUUCGACAUGGAGAACGGUGAAGGUCAAGAUCCACAGGAUAAAGCCCCCAAACGCUGCCGACUCAGACACGCUGGACUGGAGCGGGCGAGCGCGAGAGCGAGACGGAGGAGAAGGGGAAGACGGAGAGGGGUGCGAGCCACAGGCACAUCUUGGGAAGAGAUCCGCGCGCGAGCGGCGCAGCAGGAUGGCCGUGGCGCUUGAGUGUGAGAAGGGGCCACCGCAGAUGCGCUAAAGCAAGCGACAAUCGUGUCAGGCCAAGAAAAUCUCGCGAGGGUCACACAGGAGAAUCUCAGAGCGAGCUGCGCUGCGCAGACAGUUGGCUGACUUAGUUUUGCGCAGUUCCUCCUCAAAAUUCGCAGCGUUUGGCUGGCGAGGGCACAGUGUAGUUGGUGAAAUAUGAAUGUGCCCGAAAUUAG